AUGCAAGGGGGUGGAGGCUGCGUGUCCCACUGGUAUCUCUCGUUGGAGGCUGCGUGUCCCACUGGUAUCUCUCGUUGGAGGCUGCGUGUCCCACUGGUAUCUCUCGUUGGAGGCUGCGUGUCCCACUGGUAUCUCUCGUUGGAGGCUGCGUGUCCCACUGGUAUCUCUCGUUGGAGGCUGCGUGUCCCACUGGUAUCUCUCGUUGGGAGGCUGCGUGUCCCACUGGUAUCUCUCGUUGGAGGCUGCGUGUCCCACUGGUAUCUCUCGUUGGGAGGCUGCGUGUCCCACUGGUAUCUCUCGUUGGAGGCUGCGUGUCCCACUGGUAUCUCUCGUUGGAGGCUGCGUGUCCCACUGGUAUCUCUCGUUGGAGGCUGCGUGUCCCACUGGUAUCUCUCGUUGGAGGCUGCGUGUCCCACUGGUAUCUCUCGUUGGAGGCUGCGUGUCCCACUGGUAUCUCUCGGUGGAGGCUGCGUGUCCCACUGGUAUCUCUCGUUGGAGGCUGCGUGUCCCACUGGUAUCUCUCGUUGGAGGCUGCGUGUCCCACUGGUAUCUCUCGUUGGAGGCUGCGUGUCCCACUGGUAUCUCUCGGUGGAGGCUGCGUGUCCCACUGGUAUCUCUCGCUGGAGGCUGCGUGUCCCACUGGUAUCUCUCGUUGGAGGCUGCGUGUCCCACUGGUAUCUCUCGGUGGAGGCUGCGUGUCCCACUGGUAUCUCUCGUUGGAGGCUGCGUGUCCCACUGGUAUCUCUCGUUGGAGGCUGCGUGUCCCACUGGUAUCUCUCGUUGGAGGCUGCGUGUCCCACUGGUAUCUCUCGUUGGAGGCUGCGUGUCCCACUGGUAUCUCUCGUUGGAGGCUGCGUGUCCCACUGGUAUCUCUCGUUGGAAGCUGCCCUCACAUACUUUCCUUUCCCUUCCAUCCCAUCCUCUCCCUCACUGUCCUUUGCUCCUUGUUGUUCACGUUCCUGUCUUCGCCCCGUCUCCCUGGUGCCGGAAGACGCAGAGCAGGCGGAGGGGGGAGGAGGGCAGGGAGGCGGAGAAGCAACUCAGCAGCCGGCAGGCAGCAGGGGCGGGCAGGGGGGGGAUGCAGCCAAGGCGAGCCCUCAGGCACCAGUUGAGAGGGCGGCAGGAGAGGGGGGGGAGGGGGAGAGGGGAGCAGCGGGAGGGGGAGCAGGGGAGGAGGGGGAGGACGUGGGGCAGCGGCUGCUGCAGGCCAUGGGGCCUCUGCUGCACCGCCUGUCUGCUGCCAUGCACGGCCGCCAGGGGCAGCAGGGGCAGCAGCAGCAGGGAGAGGUGGCAGGAGGAGGAGGUGAAGCAGAGCAGGCGCAAGGGGCGGUUGGGGCAGCGGAGAAGGAAGGCGAUGCGAUGGAGUGUGACGGGAAGGAGGAGGGUGGUACGGAGGGGGGGGAUGAGCGAGGAGAGGUGCCUGCUUGGAGCCCGCCUCCCCCUCCUCCUGCUGCACCUCCCCCUGCCUCCCCCCAACCUUCCUUCCCACCUGGAGCGCCACACACAUUUGGCCAGGUGGAUUCUCAGGUGAAAGCACAUGGAUGCCAUGACAGGGGCAGCAACUGCGGGAGCGAUAUCAGAGGUGGAAGCAGCAGGGGUGAAAGCAGCAGUAACAGGACAGAGCAGCACGUUGGGCAGGACGACAGGGGCCCACUCCCUGCCUACAGCCGUCCUCCUCCCCCGCCAAGCGCCCGCCCGUCACCCUCUCCCCCUGCUCCUGGCAAGAAUGCAGCGUCUUCGGAUACAGUGCAAGUGGCAGCUUCAAAUGCCACUCAGUCUCCCACUCCCCCAUCUGGCCCUUCGGCCCCGCUGGGUCUGGGAGGAGGCCUUGGCCUCACUUCUAAGCCAAAGAGCAGCAAGCCUUGUGGGAGUGCAGGGGGUGGAGAAGGGGGGGGCAUUGGGGCUGGUGCACUGGGGCUUGGAUUGGGGAUGGGGCUACCAGGCAUGAGCGGCGGGGGCGGGGGAGGGGGAAGGGGAGGAGGAGGGGGGAGGAGGCAAGCGCAGGGGAGAGGGGGUAGUGGGCGGGGGGCGAGUGGCGGAGCACCUGACCUGGGCGGCAUGUUUGAGGUGCUGGGGUCCCUGGGGAUGGGCGGGGGGGGAAUGGGCGCAGGUGGCAUGGGGGGAGCGGGGCUAGGUCCGUUUGGGGGGAUGGGGGCGUUGGGGGGGAUGCCAGGGAUGCAAGGGAUGGGCGCGCCUGCAGGCCUGGGCGGGCUGGGCUUGGCGCCAGCAGCGCCAGGAGGAGGAGGAGCAGCAGCAGGGGCAGGGGCAGCAGGGCGAGGGGCGUCUGAGGCGAAUCCGCUGGGCGCCAUGAUGCAGCAAGCCCUGGCUGACCCCGCCCUGUCGCAGCUCAUGCACGGCUUUGCUGCUGAGGUGGGGGGGGGCGGGGGAGGUGGGGAGCUUGACCUGGGCGCGUUGCUGGGGGGAUUGGGGGGGAUUGGGGGAAUGGGGGGGAUGGGGGGUACGGGGGGGAUGAGUGGUGGUGGGGGGAGCUUUGGGGGGCAGCAAGGGGGGAUGGGUGGUGGUGGGCUUGACUUGGGGGCGCUGUUGGGAGGGUUGGGCGGACCGGGAGGGGGAAUGAUGGGUGGGGGCAUGGGAGGGGGCAUGGGUGGGGGCAUGGGAGGGGGCAUGGGAGGGGGUAUGGGGGGCAUGGGAGGGGGUAUGGGGGGCAUGGGUGUGGAGGGAGAGGAGUUGGAUUUUGGGCAGAUGAUGGCUGACGUCAUGCCCAUGGUGUCACAGAUGCUGGGUGGCAUGGGCUUGGGCGGCACAGGCAGCGGCUUGGGCGGCGGCAUGGGCACGAGUGGUGGGCGGAGGAGCACGGGGGGUGGCAGGCGAGUGGCGGAAGUAGAGGGGCAGGACGAGUGGAAGAACUCUCUCUCUCAGGUGCAGGCAGCAGAGUGGGCGGGGAGCGUGAAAGAGGACUACAGGCACCAGCGGGACAAGCCUCAUUGUUUUCUCAUCGUGUCUGCACCCUCCUCCCCUCUCCCCCCGCCCUCACUGCUCUCUCUGCCCCUAGGAGGAAGCGGCAGAGUGGGCGGCAAUCAUGGAAGAGGACGAGAAGCGCCAGAGGGACAUGCCACGUCAGCGCCCGUUCAGCGAUGCGUACUGGCGCGGGCAGCGUGGCAAGCCACCCGUGAGUCUUAG